UGCGCCUCGCGAUCCCUUCGUUGCAUGGCUGUGGCUUCCUGGGCUGGCUGGCUAUAUGGGGUUGUCCGGCGCAUGGUUUCUGUUGAUACUCCGUGUGCUAUGGCUUGCAUGGUGAAGAUGGCUACAUCUGCUUCGUAGCUACAUGGGCAAUGCGCCGGAAACCCUUCCUACAGGCCAAGGAUAUGUCCAUAGCUUUCGAGGGCGUAAGCAGUUAAAGUCACCGGCUAACUAGGUGUGUCUAUGGUAAUCAGGGACCCAAACUCCGGUAUCGAAGGCUUUCCGCUUCGUCAGUGGUCCGUCGAGAUACAUCUCCUGAACGACCAUGGAGAGCCCGUUCCUGCCUCGGUAUUCCCGAAGGUGACAUACCAUCUACAUCCCAGCUUCGAGCAAAGAGCUACGCAGAGUACGUUGCGCCACACUUAUUAUCUUUCUAUGACGCCGACGCUGCAGAACUGGCUACUAACUACACUAGCUAUAAAAUCCCCUCCGUUCAGAAUCGAAGAGGAAGGAUGGGGUGAGUUCGAUAUGCAGAUUGUCUUGAGUGCGCCAGAUAAGGACCAUUCCAUUACGCAUGACUUGAACUUCCAGUCGAGCAAGUAUGAAUCGAAGCAUGUCAUUGUAUGUAUCACGACCCGAUUUAUACGUCAUAAAUACUCUCCAAUCAAUCCUAACCUUGGGGGACAGACGUUCAAAAAUCCUAAGCCUCCCCUUCUAGCCCAGCUGCGUGAGUCUGGCCCUGUUCCUGGCGAUGAGAAUGGAGUGAAGAAACGGGGUCAGGAGGAGUCCAAGAAGAAGAAACGCGCGGAUAAGAACGUCGAUAUGGAUAAGCUAGCAGAUGGCCUGCAGAAGCUGGGAGAAGACGACUUGCUCCAAGUUGUCCAGAUGGUGCAUGACAACAAGUCCUCGGAUUCGUAUACUAAAAAUGAUAUUGAACGUAAGGACAUGACAUUCUCCGCCCUCCGCAGCAGUUGGGUUUACCUGAGCUAACUUGGGCCUUAGAGGGAGAAUUCCACGUUGACUUAUAUACCCUUCCCGAUGCUCUGAUAAGAAUGCUCUGGGACUUCACACAAGAAAAGGGAGUAUUAUAAUUAACGCUUGCCUUCUAAGAUAGGAUAGAGAGAAUGAAGUCAUUACUAUGAAACCAAAAGAAAUGAGACCAAAAGAGAUGAAAAUGGGGGUUAAUGCAGAGACAAUGGAACAAAGUAACGAGACCUACAAACCCUCCUGUGACAGAUAUCAAUUGGCGUCUUUAAAGAAAAAGAAAAAGAAAAAAAAUUGGCGUUACAUACUGGAUGAAGAACUUGUCCAUUCUGAUAAUUCGAACCUGGGGGCUCUUUUUU